AUGAAACCUAAUUUUGGCAAAACAUUUUUCUUUUCAAUAUAAAGAAACAGUUAAAUUCUUGUCUUUUCCCGCUUAUUCCUAGCAUAAAUAGUUGCUCUCCCUGAAGUCCAAGCUCACAAAUCACUCCCUCAACCAAACGCUGAGAGAGAGCAAUGGAACAUCACACACUCAGGGCCAAGCCAUGCAACUCUUAUUUAUUCUUUGGCAUUCUUUUAAUAUUUGCUUUUCUCGCAUCCUUUGCAGAUGCAGCAAUUCAUUACCAUGAAUUUGUUAUUGAAGCCAAGCCAGUGAAGAGGCUGUGCAGAACUCAUAGCAUUGUGACAGUGAAUGGGCAAUUUCCAGGACCAACAUUGGAAGUGCGAGAUGGAGAUUCCCUGGUGAUCAAAGCUAUAAACAGUGCCAGAUACAAUAUCACCCUCCACUGGCAUGGGUUACGACAAUUACGAAAUCCAUGGGCAGAUGGGCCUGAGUAUGUGACACAGUGUCCUAUCCAACCAGGGAGGUCUUACACAUACCAAUUCACCAUCCAAAACCAGGAGGGGACUUUGUGGUGGCAUGCUCAUAGCAGAUGGCUUAGAGCCACAGUUUAUGGAGCUCUCAUCAUAUAUCCUAAGUUGGGUUCUCCAUACCCCUUCCCAAUGCCCAAGAGAGAAAUUCCUAUUCUUCUUGGAGAAUGGUGGGAUAGAAAUCCGAUGGAUGUUCUUAGGCUGGCACUUUUCACAGGAGCUCCUCCAAAUGUAUCAGAUGCAUUUACAAUUAAUGGUCAACCAGGGGACUUGUAUAGAUGCUCUAGCGAAGAAACUGCCAUAUUUCCUGUGGAGGCGGGUGAGACAAUUCUUCUGAGGAUCAUCAGCUCUGCGAUGAAUGCAGAACUCUUCUUUGGUGUGGCCAACCACAAACUAACCGUUGUUGCUGCUGACGCUGCCUACACUAAACCUUUCACAACUAAUGUCAUCAUGAUAACUCCUGGUCAGACAACCGAUGUCCUUCUUACCGCUGAUCAGCCUCCAGCUCGUUACUACAUGGCUGCACAUGCCUACCAGAGCGCCAAUGCACCCUUUGACAAUACCACCACAACAGCAAUCCUUGAAUAUAAAUCUGCUCCUUGCAGCGCAAAAAAAGGGCAAUCUUUGAAACCAAUCUUACCACAGCUACCGGGGUUCAAUGACACAGCUACCACAACUGCAUUCACUGCCCAGUUUACGAGUCUUUCCCAGGUCAAAGUUCCCAUUGAGAUUGAUCAGAGCCUCUUUUUUACAGUGGGGGUAGGACUAAUCAACUGCUCAAAUCCUAAUAGCCCUCGAUGUCAAGGCCCCAACGGAACUCGUUUCACUGCCAGCAUCAACAAUGUCUCGUUUGUACUCCCAAGAAGGAACUCCUUAAUGCAGGCCUACUACCAAGGUCAACCUGGUAUCUUCACCACAGACUUUCCGCCUGUUCCUCCCAUUCAAUUUGAUUAUACAGGCAAUGUGAGCCGAGGCCUCUGGCAACCUAUGAAGGGAACAAAGCUCUUUAAACUGAAAUUUGGUUCCAAGGUACAAAUUGUGUUUCAGGAUACAAAUAUUGUCUCAGUUGACGAUCAUCCGAUGCAUCUCCAUGGUUUCCAAUUCUAUGUUGUUGGAAGUGGUUUUGGUAACUUUGAUCCCAGAAAUGAUCCAGCCAAAUUCAACCUUUUCGAUCCGCCCAAGAGAAAUACCAUUGGAACACCUCCGGGUGGAUGGGUAGCCAUUCGGUUUGUGGCUGAUAAUCCAGGAAUCUGGCUGCUCCAUUGUCAUAUAGACUCCCAUCUAACUUGGGGCUUGGCCACAUCUUUCCUGGUUGAGAAUGGAGUUGGGAUAUUGCAGACGGUACAGCCUCCACCUCUUGAUCUGCCCCAAUGUUAAGGACAAUAUCACUAGCCAUAAACAUUUAUAUUACGUGUUCCAGUAUUUGCUGUUUACUCGAGUCUUUAGAUAUUUAUUAGCUGAAUUUGUUUUCAAGGAUUUUUCAGCUUUGUUUCUGUUAAUGUUGUACGUCCUGACUUGGACUAUUAAUAAGCAACCGAUUUGACAUGAUUAAAUGUUUUGUUUCUAAUAAAAUUACAGAUGAUCUCUCUCCAUUCAUUAACAAUGAAAACAAUCU